UUUUUUCCCCGUCCUUCGAUUUCAUCAUCCCCUUCCCCUCAACGAAGACAAGAACCAAGAAAACAAAAAGUUAAAAAUCAUCGCGAGGAUCGACGAAUCAUCUCAAUCAAUUCUCUGACAAGUACUUCAGACUGAUGUAUUAAAGGGAGAACAUUUGAGUCAACCCUUUUAGCAGUUAAGUUAAAAAUGGCGUGUAGAGGUUGUUUGGAGUGUUUGUUGAAGUUACUCAACUUCCUUCUAGCUGUUGUUGGACUUGGCAUGAUUGGUUACGGUAUCUACUUAUUCGUUGAGUACAAGAGAGCUACCGAUAACUCCGUUACGUUCGAUCCCGUAAAUGGAGAUCAAAGUUUCGUGUCGUUUGGGAGGCCGAUGCUUAUGGCUGUUGCAAUGUCUUCUAAUGUGUUUGACAAUCUUCCUAAAGCCUGGUUCAUAUACUUGUUCAUUGGUAUUGGUGUGGCUUUGUUUGUUAUUUCAUGCUGUGGCUGCGUUGGUACUUGUUCGAGGAGUGUCUGCUGCUUAUCUUGUUACUCACUGCUUCUGAUCUUAUUGAUCUUGGUGGAGCUUGGAGUCGCAGCAUUUAUAUUCUUCGACCACAGCUGGAGAGAGGAAAUUCCUUCGGACAGGACUGGAAACUUCGAGACAAUAUAUAACUUCCUGCAGGAGAAUUGGAUGAUUGUAAGAUGGGUAGCUCUAGGAGCAGUUGUUUUUGAGGCUUUGCUCUUCUUGCUUGCCCUUAUGGUUAGGUCAGCUAAUUCACCACCAGAGUAUGACAGUGAUGAUGAGUUUAUUGCUCCAAGACAACAGAUCAGGCAGCCAUUCAUCAACCGCCAAGCCACCCCUGUCACCGGUGUGCCAGUUGCUCCUACUUUGGACCAGCGCCCGAGCCGCAGUGACCCAUGGAGUGCACGUAUGAGGGAAAAGUAUGGGCUUGACACAUCUGAGUUCACAUACAAUCCCUCUGAGUCACAUCGGUUCCAGCAAAUGCCAGCGCAACCAAACGAAGAAAAGGGCCGAUGCACCAUAAUGUGAGUCCAUUUUUAAAAGUCUUGAAGAGUUCAGUCAAUUCUCUUUUCCUGUUUUACUUUUUCCUAUGUGUAACAAAUCAAGAGUGUCAGUUAAAUUAGGGGUUCUUGUUUCUGGGUUGAUGAUGACUCUAGCAUAGGAGAUCUUCUAAUCAACCUAGUCACGGUCUCAAAACUCAUUUGUUGUGUCUGUGUAGUCUUUGUAAGGAUUUACCAUUAUGAAUAUUCAUUGUGGUUCUGUCUGAUUCAGUCCUAUGUUUCUCCUUAUAUAUGAAAUUCAAUCGCUUCAUGUUCCACA